AUGGCUUUGUUGAGCCCGCGGUUGCAGAGGUUCCUCUUAACCAAAUACCAUGGAGACUCAUUGAAGACCACAGCCAACAAAAGCAGCCUUGUUAAUAUAAAAGCAAGAAGCCGAAGCUGCUCGGCCAUUGCCAUAGACGCGCCUGGUUCUUCGUUGACGGAUGUGGCGGGAAUUCGAUGGGGUUCGACCAGUUUGCAGGGUGCCCGAGAAGAGAUGGAAGACGGUGUCGUUGUGCGGUCCGAUGGCCUUGAUGGGUUUUCAUUUGCCGCCGUUUUUGAUGGUCAUGCCGGGUUCAACUCGGUCAAGUUCCUCAGGAAUGAGCUCUACAAAGAGUGUUGUGCGGCUUUGCAGGGUGGGCUGCUAUUGCGUGGAAAUGAUUUCAAGACCAUUAGAGAGGCAUUACAGGAGACUUUCGAAAAAGUGGAUGCAAAAUUGUUAAAUUGGCUUGAAAGGAAUGGAGAGGAAGAUGAAUCUGGCUCAACAGCUACCGUUAUUUUCGUUGAAAAUGAUACGCUGGUCAUUUCACAUGUUGGUGAUUCUUGCGUGGUUCAAUCUUGUUCUGGAAAAGCAGAGGUACUGACCCAUCCUCAUAGACCAUAUGGAAGCAACAAGGUCUCUCUUCAAGAAAUCAAAAGAAUCAGAGAAGCAGGUGGAUGGAUCGUCAAUGGAAGAAUCUGUGGAGACAUUGCUGUAUCUCGUGCUUUUGGUGACAUGCGGUUCAAGACAAAGAAAAACGAGAUGCUGAAGAAAGGAGUUGAACAAAGGAGAUGGACAGAAAAAUUUGCUUCUCGUAUACAAUUCAGUGGAGACCUUGUUACUGCAUCUCCAGACAUUUUUCAAGUGACUUUUGGGAAAGAUUCUGAAUUUGUACUGUUAGCAUCUGAUGGCUUAUGGGACUACAUAAACAGCUCAGAUGCAGUGGCUUUUGUAAGGAAUCAGCUUCGAAAACAUGGAGAUGUUCAGCUAGCUUGUGAUGCGCUUGCUCAAGCUGCUUUGGAUCAACGCUCGCAAGAUAAUAUCAGCAUUGUAAUUGCCGAUUUGGGCCGGACAGACUGGCAAGGUUUACCAUUUCAACAACAAAAUUUCGCAUAUGAAUUGGGGCAAGCUUUUGCUACAAUUGGGAUUGUGUCGCUUGGAAUUUGGAUGUCGACUUCUUUGCUUUAG